AUGUGCAUCGAGCAGGAGAUCGCCAUGGAGCAGGCAACAGCACUGCUACAGGACUCCAUGAUGGAUGUGCAGCUGGCCUCCCAAGCUGCUGCCAAUCCUGAGGCGCUAAGCCCGGAGCACACUCCCAGAGUGUCCUGCAUCUGUGCCGAUGCUGAUCGGCGUGCUGAGGAAGUUUCCACACUGGCUAGGGCCCACCCAUGGGCGCAUGCGGCACCAGGCGACGGCCUGAUUACUGCCGGUGCCCUCAUUCGCCAGCUCAGCCGCUCGCCACCGCCCCCACCCCGUAACCGCCGCACUUAG